AUGGGCAGUAGGAGGUUGAUGUUGAGCAGCUUGGCGCGAAUGGUGGUGCAGAGGCACAACGCCGCGUCGAGGUCAGCAAGCCCGCUCAGCAGGGGGCAGCAGGUGUCGGCGGCGCUGGGGCCAAUGCCAAUGUGGAUCAGCCCACCGAGCAGGUCAACGCAGGCCCCCAGUUUGAGGGUGUUGAUGGGGCAUCCCCUCGAAACCGGCGCCGGCGGUGGAUGGGGCUUCACCGCCGGCGGCGGCGGGCACGGCACCGUCGUCGGCGGUGGCGGAGGAGGAGGGCAGGGGAUUUUCUUAGGCGGCGGCGGCGGCGGCGGAGAAAGUUUGGGAUGGGGGCAAUAG